CGGCAAGAAGGAAUCGCCUGGGGGUGUUCUCAAGUGAGCCGACGCGGCGACACCGCCGUCGCGACGCCACAUCUGGCGAGAUCGCGGCACGAGCGAGAAGGACAGAGAGAGAGACCCGAGGCCUCGCGCGCGAGGUAGGAGGCGACCGCGGCGUUCGCGCACGCGUGCUGGCCCGUUCCGAUCAGUCAACCGGUGGCGAACGUCGCCUGGUUCUUGGAACUUCGGUUUCGCGCGCGGAGCCGCGAUCGCGAGUUGCCGAGGCGCCGAAUCGCCGUUCGCCCCGCGCGCGCGCGCGCGCGUGUGUCCUUCGCGGCGAGUUUGUUUACGACGCGCGGAACGCCGUUGGAGAGGAAUCUGACAAUCCGACUCCCGGCGCUCACAAUCGUUGCCGAGCGAAAUUGAAAACGGGACACGACGUCUCCUGACGGACGUCGUACGUUCGCGCGAGUUUUUUUCCGAGAGGGGACGGAGUGAAAUUUAUCGGCGACGCUCGCGGAAGAACGAUUCGUCAAGUUGGCCAGAUUGUUUAAAGAUUCUUAACGAAUUCUUGCGACGGGAAAGGAGGAAGAUAACGAAGGACACGGGACUUGUGUGCAUCGGUUUCGGAGAACGGGAGGAAUUUGGAGUUCGUCACGACGGGACCGAUAAAAGGAAAGGAGGCGGAGUGCGAUAGGAAGAGCGAGAGGAGAGAUAAGACGCUUCGCUCGAGCGAGGAAAAGUGGCCAUUUUAAUACCAGUGACUUGUUACUCCGAGGGAAGCCUCCGAUAUUUUCCGUAUGUUUUUUCCGGUUGAGACGGGAUACAGAUUUCUCCGUGGAUUUAUUCGUGAGUUCAGCGUUCCGUCGUGUCGCCAACGUUGUCGUCGUGGCGAUUGCUGUCACUGCUGCUGUCAUAGUCGCUGGAAUGAUGUAUUGCGCGUACAAUGACAAUCGCCAAGGUGGAUCAUCAUCGCGAAUGCCGGUAGCAGAUCGUCGGUGGUGAAUGGAGAAUUAACGCAGUGGAUCAGAUCGCACGUACAAUUAAUACAGAGUGAUGCAGUGCCGUAGUGUUAGUGACCAGUGCCACGUGCCCGUUGUUUGGAUUACUUGAAGAUGCCUUCGUCCGGUGGAUAUUAUGACGACAGGAAUCCUCUGCUCAAGGGCACCUUAUCGAGUGUGGACCGGGAACGGCUUCGGGAGCGAGAGCGACAGGCCCGCGCGGCGAUGUCGGUCCAGGCGGAGCAGGCGACUGCGGGAGGCGGUCCUGAUACGAGACACCAUCAUCACCACAACCAUACGCAUCAUCAUCCCAUGGUCAGCGCGCCGAACCUCUUCCGUGCCCCAGUCAGGGUGAAUCCUGAUCCAGAAAUCCAGUCUAAACUGGGCAACUAUUUGUUGGUGAAGCACCUGCUCGACGACUCUAAGCGCCUAAUUGGCAUCGAUGGAAUUCCGCCGAGUCCAGCUCCUCCCACCCCGACAAGUCCGCCCUCCACCCACAAGAGUGGUAGCUCUAGUGGUAGUAGCUCCAGCAAGAGGGAUUGUUCCCCGUCUUCGGGGCAGGAGUUUAAGAAACCCGGUGGUUUCCGUAGCACGAGUAGCUCGAGCGCGUCUUCCUCUUCGAGCGCGAACCACCAGCAGCGGGGUGGUUUUGUCAAGCCCGCCGACGGAAAGCCGCCCUACGGUGGACGGGGCGGCUAUUCCGGCCCGUCUAUCAAGCACGGCGGCGGCAGCAAUGAUCAUCGCAGUCAUGGUUUACUUCCGGCCAAGGGCCCGCCGCCGUCGUCGUCGUCCCAGCCGCACCCACCCUCUCCUGUAGGGAGCAGCGGCACCCUGCCCAUUGGCAAUUCUAGCGGAAGUGUCGGCAAUCCCGGUACCAGUAGUGGCCUCGCGAGCCGCACUCAAUUCGCCGGCCGAUUGAAGCUGAUCGAAGUUAACGGAUCUAGUUCUCGACCGACGAUCGACACUCCGGAUGUAGAGAACAUUCUGAAGGAGAUGACCGUGCCACUCACACCAUUGACGGCGAUCGCACAGACACCGCGGAAAGAGCACGAGUCCAAGUUCACCUUCAACCCCCAUCUGGCUAAGUUGACGGAAGUCACGGCGCCAGAGCCUGCGAAGCCUCAACGCCAGCAUGCCCCCAACAGACUGUCUGCCGAUCUCGCCCGGGAUCUAAGUCUGUCGGACAGCGAGGAUGAAGAGAAUAAGGAAACAUCGUCGAGACCGACGAGAGGAAACAGGACUCCGGAUCUCACGGUCGUUUUAUCGACGCCGUUGACGUCAGCGCCGCCGCCUUUGACAGCCAUGUCGCCCAUAGUCAUGUCACCCGUGGGGUCAUGUCCGCUGUCACCCCCACGGACGAUAUCUGUCAGCCCGCCUAGAUACUCGUCGCCUCCGCCGAAGCGGACGACUCCGGAGCGAGUGCUGUCUCCUCCACCUGUUGUCGAUCAUCCCUUGCAAACCACGUGCUCCCCUAUGAAUCCGGUCAUGGGCCAAUCGUCGAGUCCAGCCGAGGCGCCGCAGAGCUCCGGAAGUGCUAGCUCGAGCUCGGAUUCUGGCUCGGAUUCCGGCUCGGAUAGCAGCGACGACUCCGAGGACGAGGACGACCCGACGUCGGCGCCACCGCCGUCCAAAGGGCCAACGACGCCACCCUCGGUUUCACCGAAGCAGGACAAUCUGGUCGAGGAACCGCCGCCCGCCGUGGAAGAGCGUCGCUGGGAUCUUAGCUCUUUCUUCAAUAAAACAGCGGUGCCGCAUGGAGAACAAAACUCCGAAUCAAAGCCGGCUCAGGAUAAUGCCAGACGAGAAAACACGCUUGAGACAACGACGGAGACUAGCAGAUCGCACAGGGAGCAGUCUCGCGAUUGGCAGCUCGAUGAGGCCUUGAAGAGGACUCACAUGAGUUCUCUCAGCGACAGCGAUCACCAUUCCGACCAGGACAAAGUUCGUCAGCUGGUCGAGGAUAAUCGCUCUCAAAGCGAGAAACCGAAGGCAGCCGAUACCAGAAAACGCGGGCGACCCAGGAAAUCUAUCAAGAGCCCGAAACGUGGCCAUCGGACGGACGAGAAUCUGAAGAAGCAGCACACCACGCAGUCACGCAGGCCAUGCAGCCGGACGAGAACGGUUGGUACUCCCAACAAGAAAAGCAACAAGCAACCUAAAUCGAAGGAAACGGUGACUACGAGUGACGACGACAGCGAUUCGAGAUCGCAGAGUGACUCUGACAGCGAUCGUCGGCCUACCAAGGUUGUGGUGCCGACAAGAAACGAAAAGAGACCGAGACUGAGUUUGUCGUCCAGCGACGAUGAAAGUUCGCCACCGAAUAAGAAAAAUAAUAACAGUGCCUCCGAAGACGAUGCCGCGCGGUGGACAAGAGUGCCUCCCAUUAAACGGAACAACCUGUUGGACUCGCCGAAGAAGCAAGAUCAGAAAAAGAAUUCUGCCAAGGGUAAGCCCAGGCAGUCGAGGAGAGUGACCAACGUUACCGGUGGCUCGGACUCUGAUAGCGAAUCCGAGGAGGUAUCUGUGAGGACCAGCAAUUGCAUCAAAGUUGCUCGGGUACCCCCCAGACCUCGAGCACCACCAACGAGGACAACCUCGCCUGAUAACUCCGAUAGCGAUAAUAGUCCGGCGUCGAAGCUACAAGAGGACGACGCCGGCAACGUGCAAGAUAAAAAGAAAAGCGACACGCUGCGCCACGUCUUCUCGACGUCAAAAGGCGGCGGGAAGGGUGGUGGGAAAGGUGGGAAAGGUGGGAAAGGCGGUGGUAAAUGCGGCAUCUACGUGGAAGAGUAUACUAGUAAUUCUGCUACGCACACGCCGACCGGCGGGGACAGUCCUUACAAAAGACCAUCCUCGCGGACGUCGAGUGGUGGUAACAAUAUUCUUUUACGCUCGCCUCCGGCACUCACUCAUGUCAAUGGUGUGCCAAGUCUCCUAUGCAAGAUCGAUCUUGGCAGAAUAUCUUCGCAAAUAUUGCAAUUAUCAAGAGGGCAAGAGCUCAGACAACGCACGGAAUUACCUGAUACCAGGCCGUCUUCGAGGCAAAGGCCAUCCUCCAGUUUGGCGACCUCGCAACCGGCGAGACUUUCCACACCGGAGGAAGGUGAGAUCGUCGACACGCCGCCAUCGCAACAGAUCGUGUCGGAUCGCGCGAGGAUCCACCCGCGAGGUUCGGACGGACUGCUGGGCGAUGGUGAUGUCGGCAGAAGUUCACGUUCCGUGAUCAAGGGCCAGCCGAUAUCAUCGGACUCGAAGAGCGGCGGUACAGCUCUCGGAGGUGCUGGUAGUGCUAGUGGUACCGGUGCGAUCGGUAGCGGUAGCGCGCCCAAGAGAAAACGUAAUCCGAGUUGUAGUUCCGUGUCCAGUUUGAGUCCUGUUCAGUGUUCAGUGGACGCGAAAACCAAGAGUUCUUCUGAACAUAAAGAUAGAAGUCAACGCAAGAGACAACGGAGACAUGGCGCGAAUGACGGGCUGAUGUCCAGUCAGAGUGAUAUUCAUCCGACGAAUCACGAAAGGGACGAGAAACAAGAUACGAGUUUAUUACCGCCACCCCCUCUCCCAGCACAGCGCGUCUACUAUUCUUACUUUGAUCCUCAAAAUGAAAUAUUGGAGGAUCAGGAUAGCGUACCCUUAUAUUUGUGUCUCAGGGACCACGAUCAGUACCUGACUGAAGCUAAACGACUAAAGCACAAUGCCGAUGAGGAAAAUGAUCUUACGGCACAAGGUAUGAUGUAUCUGGAGGCCGCUCUGUACUUCCUCCUAACUGGCGACGCGAUGGAAUCAGACCCACUUACGGAAAAAGCCUCGUAUACUAUGUACAAAGAUACCCUCAGUCUUAUCAAAUACAUCUCGUCAAAAUUCAAGAGCCAAUCCAACAAUUCACCCGAGAAUAGUAUACACACUAAACUCGCCAUCCUGAGUCUUUGGUGCCAGUCACGUUUGUAUUCCAAGCUCUACAACAUGCGAAAACAGGAAGUGAAAGAGGUUCAAAAAAUCAUCAGCGAUUUUAAUCAAAAGCAAGCAGCUCAACAAUCAGCAGCAGCUCAGACAACGCCCGCUCAGACUGAGGGACAGGGUACACCUUCUCUUUCGCCUACUCCGUCGCCUGCCGGUUCCGUAGGUUCUGUCGGUAGUCAAAGUUCUUCUGGAUAUAGUAGCGGUGGACAACACCCGACAACGGGUGUCGUCAACGGCCAAUAUAUCAGCGUACCGAUGCAUGUCUACAACGCAAUGUUGAAGCAGAAUCAGUAUUCAGGUUUACUUACUAACGGACACGACCUGUGGGAUCAGGCAUUAAAGCAAGCGAAGCAGGAAGAGAACAGAAACUUUUUCAUCGACUUGGACCGAAGAUUGGGACCCCUGACAUCAUACAGCUCGUUACGCGAGCUCGUACGUUACGUUCAAGCGGGUAUAAAGAAAUUGCGAGCUCUCUGACCACAGUGGCACAGCCCCCGACCACCCACCCCAAACUACAUUACCUCCCUUCCUCAAAACAUGGUCACAUACCCGACCAUGUACACGUAGUUGCAUAACGUCUUUGCGUCGGUAUCGUGAUGUCAAUCGACAAUUGGCGACGCAUGGAGACAUCGGGAAGGUGCGAUGUCGAAGAUAUAGCGAAAUCACGGACUAUUUUCUCCGCUGAGAGAAAAGUGGUCUCGGGGGUGACGACUGAAUCGAUAAUGAGGGUCAUGGUGAUCCAGAAAAAGGAGAGAAAACGAGAGCAACUCUGAGGUCUCCCUUAGUCGGGCGAUCCGGACAACGUAGGAACAUUCUUGAUAUAAAUUUAGCAGCAAGUUUAUAGUCAAUUGCAAAGCGCGUGCCUGAAGGGGCGAGGGGAAAGACGACCGACCAGAGGAAGAGUCGCUUUGUCUUUAUCACGGUGCAUAAAUGAACCUCGUGCACUUUGUUUAGAGAGCACGUGUUACUUACUUUCAAGGCGCAGUGGAGAAUUAUUGGGCGAGAUUAAUGGCGUCGGGAUGCUCGUGUGAGCGAUGAUGCGAGCGCAGUAGAUUUCUAACUGAGCCGCAGUGAUAACUCGUGUCUAUUUUUCCGAAAUAUCCGCUUUUGUAAGUUAAUGCAUGUAGAUACUGACGCGAGAUCAAGAAUCGGAGAUAGAGAAGUAAAAAGAAAAAAAAAAA